AUGAAUAAAUACAUAAUAUUGUUGAUACUUUGUAGUAUAGGCUUUAGUACUAGUUAAACAUAGUAAGAGAAAUUCUUUUGCAAAUAAUGUCAUCAUUUUGUUCACACUGUUCAAAAGGUUGAACACUUUUGGGAUAAAUCGAUUGUCUGGUUUUUGGAACUUGUUGCAGAAGGAUAUUGUGCUUAUGCUAAAAUAGAAAAGUUUUCUGUAUGCAAAGGAGCUAUACAUGAAAUGACACCUGUCAUUUUUGAAGGAAUCUAAACAAGAUUUUUGGAUGAAGAUUUCAUUUGUCCAUUAAUUAGAUGGUGUCCUAAGGUUUAUGAAGAAUUGAAACUAGAAGAUUAUAUUUCAAAUAUACUUAAAGAUAAACCAGAAAACACAUAAUGGCCAGAAAUUGAUGGAACUGAUACUAUUGAAAUCAUACAUGUAAGUGAUAUUCAUACAGAUUUACUCUAUAAAGAAGGAACUUUGCCCAAAUGCGAUGAACCUUUGUGCUGCAGAGAAGAAUUUAAGGCUAAAGAUAAUGAUUAAAAGGCAGGAUAUUGGGGUAGUGCCGCAGUCUGUGACUUACCAGAAAGAACAUUUCAAUAAUUUGUAAAUUUCUUGAAAACUGACGUGAUUAACCCAGAUAAGAAAACAUUCUUAUUUUGGACAGGAGACAGUGUUCAACACGAUGUCUGGAAAUAAGGAAGAGAAUACAAUAUUUAGAAUUCAAGAAGAAUAACGGAAAUAUUCACUAAAGGCGAUUUAGGUAUUACAUUCAUUCCAUAAAUUGGAAAUCACGAAGCAUUUCCUGUAAAUUAAUAUGAUUAUAUGACUGAUAAGGAUAGUAAUUUAAGAGUUGAAUUUUCAAAUAUGUGGAGAGAAUGGCUUGGGGAUGAAACUGCAUAAUUUUUCAAAGAAAAUGGAUUUUACGCUAAAGAAUUUGAUAACCUCAAGGUUAUUGCCUUUGAUUCACAAAUUUGUAAUCCUGAUAAUUGGUAUCUUCUUAAAGACCCAACCGAUCCAACUGGAUUCUUAGAUUGGGCUGAGUAAGAAUUGAAGAAAUCAGAAUAAAAAGAUUAAGCUGUCUAUUUUACUGCUCAUAUAUAUACAUCAAGCUGUCUUGUUCCUUGGGCUAGAAGAUUUAACGCUUUGGUUGAAAGAUAUGCUUUUAUUGUUAGAGGAUAAAUAUAUGGACACGCUCACGGAGAAUUUUUUAAUCUCUACAAAGAUCAAAAAGGAGAACCUAUGAACAUCGCUUAUAUAAGUUCAUCAUUAACCACAUAUACCUAUAAAAAACCAAGCUUCAGAAAGUUUAUUGUUGAUGCAAAAACAAUGAUUCCAAUAAACUAUUAUGAAUAUCGCUUAGAUUUAGAUAAAUAUAACUAAAUUGGAAAGGAUGCUGUUUUGAAAUGGGAUAUAGCAUUUGAUUUCCUCUCAGAAUAUGGUGCCACAAAAAUGUACCCAGCUGAUUUGUUCGCUAUUACAGAAAGAUUAUUCACGGAACCAGAAUUAGUCAAGAAAUUUGAUUUCAAUUCUAAUUCUGGUACUGGUAUCAGUGGAGAUUCUGUAAAAAUUAUUAUAUAAAUUAUAGGCUAAAUAUUUAUAUUGUAAACUAAAUCACAGUAUUAAUGAUGAUUUACAUUUAUGUUUAGGAGAAACAUUAAAAAAAGAUUGGACUGAAUAUAUAUCUCCUGGGUGGAAAAAAAGAAUGGUUUAAAUGCCAAAGAAAGAAUCUAAGAAGCAUAAAAAAUAAAAGAAAUAGAAAUAAUGA